UGAAGUUCCACAACUGACCAGAGGUCGAGAGAUAUUACCUUGCCUUUGCUUCGUCCCUCCCGAGGUAGGAUAAUUGCUUGUCACGCAAUUGCCUAGCUCUGGCUACUCAGGUUCCUCCACCACCCGCCCUCCAGCUGCUCCUCCCCAGCUCCACCACCCCACGAUAACGCUUCCCCAACAAAAACAUCUACUAUCUUCCGGCCGAAUCCGCCCACUCCCCCUCUACGCAAAUUCAGCAAAAUUCACCCACACACACAACCUACCUAAAAACCGAAGAUACUACACAAAUCAAAAUGGCAACCCGAGACCCCGGCGAGGUCGCUGCCGACGCCCUCAACGACUUCUUCAGUCAAAUCUACAGCUUCUGUGAAACCAUCUUUACCCGAUUUUUUGGCAACCUCUAUGCCUCCUUCGCCGAUGUGAGCAUCAACCGCUGGACAAAGGUCAUCUGCUCCGUGAUCGGAUACCUUCUUCUCCGCCCGUACAUCGAGGGCUUCUUCAAGAAGAUGCACGACCGGGAACGCAGGAAGAUUAAGGAGAAGGAAGAGGCUAAGAAAAACGAGAAGAAAGCCAAGGUAUCGGCCAAUACGCUGCGCGGUGGCGGUGGCGGUGGCCGCGUUCUUGGGGAGGUGGAGAACACAGACGAUGAGAUUGAAGAUGGAGAGGACUUUGCGACCGCUAGUGGUGUGCCUGAGUGGGGGAAGAAUGCUCGGAAGAGGCAGAAGAAGUACCUGAAGAGUCUGGAGAAGGAGGCCGCGAGCCGCACGCACAAUCUGUCGGAGGACCAGCUCAUGGAGUUGUUGGAUUGGAGUGACUCAGAGGAUGAGAAGCGUGCGGACAAGAAGCAGGAGUAGGCUAGGAUCUUAUCUUACUCUGCUCUCUCUUCCUUUGUGAUUUGAGCGGGUAAUAUAAUGGGGGUUUUGGACUGGUUUUUCUGAGAAUGUACCAUCACCAUGUGUGGUUCUUUAAUGUAGUUAUAUGUAUGGCGAGCAUUAAGGCGUCGUUUUCAGCGCUGCUACUUACCUGACAACGCAGACUCAGUUUUUAGAGUAACUGUACAGUUGUCAGUGUCUCUAAUAAUAUCAAUAAUACAAAACAAGGCUG